UAUUUUGUUUUGUAUACUCUCUACUCUAACAUGACCUGUAUGUAGUUAAAAUGCUUGAAUUAAUUCUUAACAACUUCGAAUACUGACAGAUUGAAAUAAGCUUUUCUAUUAUAUUUAGGUUUAAUAUUUAAUGAAAAUAUCAUCAGAUGUAAAUAGAAAUAAGUAUAAAUAUUUAUGUAAAAUAGCCAUUUAAAUGAAUAUUAGACCUAACUAAGCAUUAGUUAAGCAGUUUCUCUCUCCUCUCUCCUUUUCCGACUUGAUAUAUUCUUUUUCUUCCAACACUUCUUCCCGCAGUGGCUCUCUCUCUCUCUCUCAAAAACACUAAUUCUCUCUCUAUCCACAUGACAGACAGAGUGUAUCCAGCAGCAAAGCCAACCGCCAACGGCGGUGCCGCCCCCGCCCCCGCCAACCCUACAUUCCCGGCGACCAAAGCUCAGCUCUAUAACGCCAAUCGGCCGGCCUACCGCCCACGGCCACCGCGACGAGGCCACCGGCGGAGCUGCUGCUGCUCCAUCUGCCUCUGGACGACUCUCCUAAUCAUCCUCGUCCUCAUCCUCGCCGCCGCCGCCUCCGCCGUGUUCUACGUCGUCUACCGCCCGCACCGGCCAUCGUUCUCCGUCGCCUCGCUCCAGCUCGCAAGAUUCAACCUCACCGACACCGCCGUCACUUCCGCCUUCAACGUCACCCUCAUCGCGCGCAACCGCAACAGCGACAUCUCGUUCUUCUAUGAUCAGACCUCAGUCCGGAUACUCUCCGGUGGCGUCGACAUCGCAGACGGAUCGUUUCCGGCGUUCACGCACGGCAAGAGGAAUGUGACGACGCUCAAAUCCACGAUCGCGAGCUCAAACUCUCCGAUUGACGCCGGCGCCGACACGACGGCGCUGAAAUCUAGCGUGAAGAGCAGGAAUCUGCCAUUGAAGAUUCAGCUGGAUACGAAGGUGAAGGUCAAAUUUGGGAAAAUCAAAACGAAGAAGCUGGAAAUUAGGGUUACGUGCGAGGGGAUUAGGAUUACAAUCCCCACGGGCAAAACGGCGUCGCUCGCAACGACUUCGAACGCGAAGUGCAAAGUUGAUCCGAGAAUCAAGAUCCUCAAAUGGACUGUUUGAGUAAGAUUUUACAUGCAGAAAGGUGUGAGAAAAAAAUAUAUAUAUUGUUCAAUACUUUAAAUUUUUUUAUUUUUGAAUUUACCUUUGUGCCUUAUUUUGGUGAUUUUGGGGUAUGAUUUAGGAAUUUUAAAUCGCAGAUAUACAUAUCUUUUACUGUUUUCAUAGGCUUGAUUAAUUGAAUUUUUCAUUGUUGGAAUUUAAUUAAUUCCGAAAGUUUAA